AUGUUUUCACAAUAUAUGGAAGAGUUAGAAAAAAGUCCAUUUGUUGUGGAGGACUUCGUUGAAAAGCUGUUUUGGAGGACUAACAGUGUUAAUUCUGAUAAUUUUGAUCCACAACUUUUAGCUGAAACCUUCACUCAAACAAUAAAGGAUCUCCGUAUUCUACAAGAACGUCAACAAAGAAAAUGUGAGAAAUUAGAAGUAGCGUUAAGUGACGAGCAGAAAGUUCACGCAAAAAACAUUGACAAGUUGCUGGAACGUCAUUCUAUAUCAGUGGAAUGUUUUCAUCAGUUAGAUGAGAAAAUCAAUUCUGUUGCUGGUAAAAUCAUUCAUCUUGGAGAACAACUGGAAAAUGUGAACACACCACGAACUCGAACCGCAGAAGCUUUAAAGCUUCUCAACUUUAUGGGAGAAUUUUUAGUUCCUGGGCCAGUUGUCAAUGACAUCUUCACGAAUAAACAAAAUCUUCUUGAAGCCGCCGAUAUUAUUCAGAAACUUUAUCUUGUUGCUCAAGAUCUUCCAGCUGAAAAAUUUGGACCAACAAAGAAGAAAAUUGAAUCAAAGUACGAUGAAAUUGAGAGAAAUCUUAUUGAAGAAUUUGCUGUAGCACAAAAAGAAGACGACAUUGAGAAAAUGAAGGAACUUGCAAGCAUAAUGUCGCAGUUUAAAGGAUAUUCUCAAUGUAUUGAUGUUUAUAUCGAACAAAGUCAAGCUACAAGCUACAUUCGAGGUAAAGAUGUUUUCGAGACUGUCGUUCCACUUUGUCGUCAACAUUAUGGAAUAAUUAAGCAAGUGUUCUCAAGUCCCGAUCAAGUUAUAUCAAAGUUUAUUCUCAACAUUUAUCAAUUGAGAAUUCAUCAAUUUGUGAGCACAAAAUUAACUGAUGAUAGCAAAGACGAUGCUAAAUACCUCAAAACAUUGCAUUAUUUAUAUUUGAGAACAAUGAAGUUGUCGAACGAUCUCAGUGAAUUCAUCAAAGAUUCCAACGACGAUUUGCUUUCUAAAUUAACACAAAACAUGUUUUCGAAACAUUUAGCAACGUACAUUGACACUGAACUUCGUUUUUUUGAUAAAACUUGUUCAAUGGAAGUUAGAAAAUUCUACGACAGUAAAAAUCAUCAAAAGAAGCAAACGGAAAGAUUUCAAGAUCUUAAACGAGACAUGCAAGCGAUCAUCAGUGCAAGGACCAACAUAAAUAUCGUUCAAAUCGAUAAUUAUGGUGGCGAAACAUUUUUAUCUGAAGAACUUGCAAUAAAUUUACUUCAAGAAUCGACAGCUGCUUUUGAUCGUUGUUCAGUUUUGUCUAAAGAAGCGGAAACACCGACAAAUAUUAUUAAGCUGGCAGAUAUUCUCCUGAAACAUUUAAUCACAGAACAUUGCGACUAUGCAGUCGAUCUUGGCAUUCAAUCAAUUCCAAUUGCUGACACCAAAUCUGCACCUCAAAUUUAUUUCUUUGAUGUUGUUCAGAAGACCAACACAAUCAUUCAUCUCAUGGAGAAAACUUACAACGCCAGUAUUUUGCCUUAUGUUAUUUCAACAUCAAAAUAUGUUGAUUGCAUGCACAAGAAGAGAUUCUGCUUGGAAUCAAUUGAGAAUAAAUUAGAUAAUGGCUUGGAUCGCUCAUUGAACUCGAUUUGUAAUUGGAUGAAAAUUUAUCUGCAAAGUGAACAGAAGAAAACUGAUUUCAAACCGGAAUCGGAUAUUGAUACUGUCGCUUCAUCAGCAUGUUCAGCUGUUUGUCAACACAUAAAUUCAUGCAUUGCAAAGAUUAAGAAAACCAUUGACGGUGAGAAUCUUGUUGAAGUUCUUCAAGAGUUAGGCGUGAGAUUUCAUCGCGUUAUUUAUGAACAUUUGCUUCAAUAUCAAUACAACACUUUAGGUGCAAUGGUCGCAAUUUGUGAUGUCAACGAAUAUCGAAAAUGCGUAAGAAAACUUGGUGACUCUUUAGUCUCUCAACUGUUUGACAUUCUUCAUGCGUUGUGCAAUUUAUUGUUAGUUAAACAUGAAAAUCUGCAAGAGGUUUGUAGUGGCGAAACUUUAAAUUAUUUAGACAAGUCUGUUGUUAUGAAUUUUAUUCAAUUGAGAAGCGAUUAUAAAACUAUUAAGCAAGUAACAGCUUCACUCAAAACUUACAAUUAAUCAAUUGAAUAUCUCAAAUCAUCUUUUUAUGUUCAAUUUUCAAGCUUAGAUUGAAUCCAAUCGACCUGUAUGAAAUUAUUUAGAAAAUAUGUUAAAUAAAAUAAUUUUGUAACAAUUUUUAAAUUUUUUCUUACAUAUUUCGACACUCUGUAAAGUCAAACAAAAGAAAUUAGGAAAGAUUCAAUAAUGGAAAAUUAAAUUCAAACCUUGUGUAGACUCCGGG